AGGCUGCUUCGGCGUGCUUCAGCCAUGCUUGGCUGUAUGAAGAAUUUCUGGUGGCCGUUGUUUCAAUGUACGGCUCUUUGUCUUGUUGUAAUAUAUGCUUUGUAUAUGGGUCGAAAAUUUGUCACCAGUGAGAUAAGUAUGCAAGCACAAGUCAUUCUAGAUGAAGAAGAGUUUAGAUUUUUGUUUCUCAGAAAAUAUGGAGGUAUUAGACAACUUGACUCCGUGUCCUUAAAGGAUGGAUCGGUUGUGUAUGUCAAAGAUGUACUGUCCGUAGGCAAUGAGUUGAAGGUAUUCAGAAUGACUACAAGAAGAUUCGCAACAGACUCAGUCAUCCCGCUGAUUACACCAAAGAAUCUAACCGCUCAGGAUGUAGACACAUCUAAAUGGAAAGUCGACCAUACCCAACUUGUUUCCCGUUUUUAUAGAGGUCAUCUGCCUUCCGAAUACUUCGCAACUGAUGAGGACGAGGCCUUGAGGAAUCGGGAAAAUCACCAAAAUUGUCAUGCUGGAUGUCGUCUCUACCACCCCAUACUUGUUGAGGCAUUGUUCCAAAGUGAUAUUAUUGAGUCGAGGAAAAACAGUAAUAUUUUGUUGAUUGGUCUUGGCGGAGGGACAGUGAAUGGCUACUUGCACAAUGUCUUUCCUCAGAUGAAUUUAACCGUGGUUGAGCUCAUUCAAGAACUAGUAUACAUGGCACGAAAGUGGUUUGACUUAGUAGAAGAUAAUAAUCAUCGCGUUAAAGUUGGUGAUGGUACAAUAUUUUUGGCGGAAAAAGCCAGGACAGGGGCUGUCUAUGAUGCAAUCAUCCUUGACGCAUGUUCUUUGAAACAACCAUUAUGCCCCGCCGAAGAGUUUCUCAACUAUGAAGUUCUGAGGAGUAUUGCACGACUGCUUCACGUUGAAGGUACUCACUUCUUUAAUCUUCCUCAGUUCAUGCGUUCGGAUGACGCAGAAAAUUUUGUCUGGGAGUUGAAAUCGAUGCAAAGUCUCUGCUACAAUUUACACUGA